AUGGUGUUGGCUUUCUGGUUUUGUUGGGUUGAAAGGAAAAAAGAGGUUCAACCUUCUGAGUCAUUGUUGAAGGAACCAUUCAUGAAAGUGUCCUAUAAAAGGCUCCUCGAAGUAACUGAUGGAUUUUCUUCAGCAAAUUUGAUUGGUGUGGAGAGUUAUGGUUCUGUCUAUAAAGGAAUCCUAGAUGGAGAGGAAAACACUCUUGUUGCAGUCAAAGUAUUAAAUCUCCUUCGUCGAAGAGCUUCCAAGAGUUUCAUGACCGAGUGUGAGGUCUUCAGAAGUAUCCGACAUAGAAAUUUGGUGAAGGUCAUAACUUCUUGCUCGAGUUUUGAUUUUCAAGGCAAUGAUUUUAAGGCUCUAGUUUAUGAAUUCAUGCCCAACGGAAGUCUACAACAGUGGUUGCAUUCAAGCUCGGAAACAAACAACGGUCAGAGGGUGAUUCAGAGCCUAACCCUGCUUCAAAGAAUAAACAUUGCAAUUGAUGUGGCUUGCGCACUUGAAUAUCUUCACCACCAUUGUCAAACACCAAUAAUUCAUUGUAAUCUAAUGCCAAGCAAUAUCUUCCUUGACAGUGACCUGGUUGCACAUGUAGGCCAUUUUGGACUAGCAAAGUUUUUUCAAAAACCCAUAAAUCCAAAACAAAGCAGUUCGAAAAUAGAGGGAACCUAUUAG